AGCUGUUAGCAAUAUUUGUCAUUUCAAUAACACUUUUAAAUGUCACGAGGAUGAAACGUGUAUAUAUGAAACCGACAGAUGUGAUGGCAAGAUCGAUUGUCCCAAUGGAAGUGAUGAAACUUUUGCUGAGUGCAAGGAAUAUGUUGACUAUGAUGAAAUUUGGCCUGAAUAUGGACCAGUUUACACCUGUGCCUACGGUGCACUUCCUCCAAAGUCGCUAGAGUCAGGGCUUUUGGCCAACAAACAUACACAGUGUGCCGAUGGAUCUGAUGAAUCCGAUUCAUUAUUUAUAACUACGGAUUCAUCUUUCAUAUAUGGAAAAUGUCCCAGCAAUCAAGUAGAGUGCCGAUCAAAAGAGUGUAUUCCACGUGUCAAAUUGUGUGAUAACCAGGUUGACUGCAUUGAUGGACGCGAUGAAUCCUUGGAGCUAUGCAUGCAUCCCGAAUGCUCUUAUCCCAAUUUUCAGUGUGCGAAUGGCAAGUGUCUGGACCCAACAGUAAUUUGUGACAAUAAAUUUGACUGCCCAGAUGGAUCUGAUGAGGUACCAAAUCUUUGUGAGAAUAUAUGUAAGGAUCGUGACUUACAUGAUAUAUGUAAGAAUAGAACGCACUGGAAUCGACUAGCCCUACCUCGAUGCUUUGAGCCAAUUGGCGAAGGUGUUCGAUUCACGACUGAUACAAAGUUUCAUAGGAUUCAAAAUAAAACAUUUGUUUAUGCCAAUCAAGCUGUAAAGUUUGAGUGCAUAGAACAAAGCAAGGAAUCUACCAUUUCAUGGAACGUAUGCCUCACGACAUCAGAAUGGAGGACAACUUUACCAAGGUGCAAAAAGAAUAAUAAGGAUAACAAGGAUCCGAAAACCAAUGGCACAUUGGGUUGUCCAUUGAACUACUAUAAAAAUGAUACAAUGAUGAUUUUGAGUUGCACCACUUUCAAAACUUGUAAUUAUCGUAUACAACCGCCGAUUCGGGAUCAGAUGGUGAAAAUUGUGUGUAACAACGGUUAUUAUUUGGUUGGUCAAAAUUCGAAUCAAGUUAAACUGAACUGUAUUGGAAAAAAGUGGAUUGCUAAAGAAGAAGAGCCACGUUGUACUAAAUUCUGCAAUUACACCGAGCUUACUGGGUUAUAUGCCAUAAAUGCAAAGUGUGAGGAGUGCAGUAUGGGCCUACUACCUGGACAAUUGGUAAGCUUUAAUUGUGCCCCGGGCUUUCUUGAUGUCAAGAGAGAGCCAUUGCCGCAGACAGAAUGUCUCGAGGAUGGAACAUGGUCCGGGCUAACGGGCUUAAGAAAAAAGCAAUUGGAUUUGUGCUCUUACAGUUGUAUGGUGAAAACACCGUCCGGUCCAAAGCUUUCCAGUGAUGCGCCUGAUGUAGCUCCAAGUAACGCGCCUUGGAUUGUUGCGUUAUACUUGAAAGAAGUUAAAUACAUAUGUGCAGGUACCCUGAUCAGGCUGGACUUAGUGCUGACUGCUGCCCAUUGUCUAUACAACAAGAAUACCACGACAAUAAAGAAAAGUGAUCUUUCCAUUCGGUACCUCAAACUUCAUUCAGGAUAUACACCAAACAGUGAUACUAUAAAUGUUAAGGAAUACCGUAUUCAUCCGUAA